ACCAGUGAUGCCCCCUUGUGGUCAAACCCAGUAUCAGGUAAUUACAGUAUCAGGUAAAUACAGAUAUGUUUUUACAAAUGAUGCCACUGAAUGAUCUCUGUAACCGGCAGAGGAUAGGAUAUGUCCGGUGUUAGGACUUAUUUGCGUGCACAAUUAGCUUAAACUUUAAAUUAGUAUUAGACAAAGAGGCUAAAUGAAAAAAAUACAUUUUAUAUUUUUUCUUCCUAAAAAAAUCAACGUUUGUUGGCUCUGUAGUGUGUGGAUGUGAUAAUUGCAACAGUACAAAGUUAGCUGACUACAUUUUAAAAACUACAAGCCCCAAUAACCGGAAGUAGUUUAGAAUGACUCUGACGUCACGCUCUAGGAAAUUGCUGUAAGUACACAAUGGACCUUCGACGAAGUUAGUAAGAGGUAGUUGUUGUUUCUCUAAACGACAACUUAAGUUGAUAUCAAUGUAGCCUUUGCAUUUCAUCAAACGUAUUGACGUAAUUUACUAUUUGUUUUUUCCUAAAUACUGAACGCUAGAUAGUUGAGCUAUAUGUAACGUUAGCUGAUUAGCUUCCAUUUGCCCAAUUUCUCUCUCUAUAGCUCGAUGUGUUUUGAGAGAGUUACCUAGCUAAUGAUGUUCUCGGUUUGACUAACGAGUUUGAGAAUGGCAAACUGAGACAGCCAGUCCCCGCACAUAUAUUUAGCUAGCUAACUAGUGUGUUUGAUCGAUGGCACGGAUACUUCUGCGUUUGUCCGUUGGAGGAAGAGGAAGAUGACAGAGUGGAGGGAUUGACGCGCUGACUGCGACACCAGACCACAGCGGGAACUGCGACUGGCUGACGGACAGGACAGCGACUGGCUGACGGACAGGACAGCGAGGCAGAUAAAGAAGAGGGAUAAUGCCGAGGAGAAAACAGUCGAACCCACAGCCCGUGAAAUUAGACGGUGUGGAAUGUGAUCCAGGAUGCCUAGUUCUGGACAGUGACUUCCUGCUUAGUGGAGAGCUCUGUGAGUUUGGAGACACGGAGAUCAUGGGGCUGGACAGAGACACAGCUCUGACUGUGUUUUCUCUGAGUGAUGAAAGCUCCAGCCUUCCGGCUCCGGAUGACUCCAACUUCCCAGCAUUCCUCUCCUGUAAGGGGUGUGGUCAACUGAUUGGGGCCGACCUUGACCUAGGAGCGGGACUACACUUGGGGGUGGGACUCUACUGCACGACCUGUGAGGAGGACGUCCAGUCGGAAUCGCACACAGCCUUGGAGGACACCUCACAAGGGGAGGAGUCAACCGCAGCCGUCCAAUCCCAUGCGGUGCAAGACAGGAAGAGGAAGAGAAGUAAGGCGGGUGAUGAAGACGCCUGUAUGAAGGUGUACGCGUGCUCUCUGUGUAGUUUCUCCUCUCGCUACUCCAACCAUCUAAAACGCCACAUGAGAACGCAUGACGGAGAGAAGCCUUACCGCUGUCCCCACUGCCCCUACGCCUCUACGCAGAGGGUCAACCUGCAGAGACACACACGCACACACACCGGGGAGAAGCCCUACCUCUGCAACGCCUGCAGCUAUGCCUGUAGUUCCCUGGGGAACCUGCGGAGGCACCAGCGCUCACACAGCCAGGAACCCCGGGCGCAACGCACACACACACUGAUGAGACGCAGCGGACGAAAACACACACACCGAGGAAACGCUGAGGUUGAGAGCACACAAUCAGAUGCCUUGGUGUCAGACCUGACGGUGUGUGUGAGGGAGGGCUCUGAUUUCCUCCAGAACCUAGAGGGGGUAGUCUCUCCCUCCUCCCCUCGUCUCCCCCCCUCCGCCCCCCUCCCUGAUCUACUCUUCCCCCUCUGCUGUCGCUCCUGUGGCCUCACCCUGGAGGGAGAAGGAGAGACUGAGGGGGAGGGCGGAGGGCAGGUGUGUAAUAAAUGUUCUGAGUCUCUCAUCUCCAAGAAACCAGGGUCCCCCAGCCCCACUGACACACUCCAGUCAGGGGCCAGCAAGCUGUACCGCUGCCCUCUCUGCCCCUUCCUCUCCCUCUACCCCAACCACCUGGCCCGACACGCCCACACCCACAGCGGGGAGAAGCCCCACCGCUGUCCCCAGUGCCCCUACGCCUCGGCCCACCUGGACAACCUGAAACGCCACCUCCGGGUCCACACGGGGGAAAAGCCUUACCGCUGUCCCAAGUGCUCCUACGCCUGCGGGAACCUGGCCAACCUGAGGCGCCAUGAGAGGAUUCACUCUGGAGCCAAGCCGUUCCACUGCUCUGUGUGUGGCUACAGCUGUAACCAGAGUAUGAACCUGAAGAGACACAUGCUGAGACACACGGGGGAGAAGCCGUAUGGCUGUGCUGAGUGUGACUACACUACGGGACACUGGGACAACUACAAACGCCAUCAGAGGAAACACGGACACAACACCGACAGCUGGGACAAACACACACACCAGGACACUACAACAGACAGCUGGGACAAACACACACACCAGGACACUGCAACAGACAGCUGGGACAAACACACACACCAGGACACUACAGCAGACAGCUGGGACAAACACACACACCAGGACACUGCAGCAGCAGACAGCUGGGACAAACACACACACCAGGACACUACAGCAGACAGCGAGGGCUGGAACACACAGGAGAAAACGGAGAAACACACACCACCACAUACCACAGACCAACACUGGGUUCAAGAGACAGGGAAGCAUAGCCAGGGAGAGGUGUAGCUGGGGGGAGGGGGUGUUUAUUACACUGGUGUUCUCAGGCCUCAGAGGGGUGGGGCUUAUCUCAGGUGCCUUUAGAGGCGGAGCUACAUGAGCCGUCGUACUGCAUGUGAUUGCUGCACUGACCUUUACCUUGGGCAUUAAAGGGCGUGCCGUUAAAGAUUGAUCUUGUUUUUGAACUGUAACAUGUUGUUUUUAAUUCAGUGGAUCCAAUGUUUGAAAUGUAUGUUUUGAUUGAAUUGUAGCCCAUUUCACAGUCAGGUUUUGUGUGACUAAACCAUUUUUUUGUUAACUGCAAUGAACCGAAUUGUGAAAGUGUACAAAUUUGUAUGAUUAUAUUUGAGUUAUUUUAUUAAUCAUUAUUUCAACAAUGUUUCACAGCUGAGUGCAAGGCUACUCAGAGAAUGGACAGGGCCACAGUAAAGGUCUGUCUGCACACGUUGCCUUAUACAUCUCUCCAAUCCUGAAAUAAAGACCUUUUAACUGUU